AGGCACUGGGCUGAGAGCCACCAGCUCAUUUCAAGUGAUCCGGUCAGCUGCCAUCGGACGGGAACAGCUCUCUGUUCCUAUCAGCCUGAGCUGCAUUUGCUCCAGUAGCUGGGCUGUGGGGCUCGUCUGCUGGCACUUCAGAUAACCCCCAGGAUGGAUUUGGCACUUGGGAUGUAUAUUCUGGAGAUGGCACAUGGAGCUGUUCAAGUGGUGCAGGAAGUGCACAGAGGGAAACAGUGACAGAAGCUAAUGAUAAAGGGUCUGGUGCAGAAGUGACGAGGGGCUGUGGGCGGUGUGACUCAGGGUGUCCACCACUAUAACCUCGCCAACCUGGACUGACAUGCCAAGUCACACGCCAGUAGAGGCCGGGAGGUGAAUGGGCUGUGUGAGUUGGAGAGAAAGAAGAGAAACACAUUGCUCAGUGGCGAUCAGUGAUCUGUGAGAAACGGAGGACAACAUCCUGCAGGUCAGGGGGAGCAGAGCUGCCAUAACAGCAGGUGGAGAUGGGGCGCGAUCUGCUGCACCUGGGAUUCCUCGUCACAGUUCUCCAGCAGCUAGCGUGCCCAGCUGAGCCGUGUGGGAACACCUCCAACACCUCGCUACAUGCCCAGGUGGGGGAGAACAUCUCCAUGAGUUGCCCCUUCUCAGUCCUCGACCCCAGAAAGGCCCCAAAGGUCCAGUGGAACUAUCGGAGCCAGACCAACAACACAGAAAACAUCGUCUACACAGAAAACAUCAAUGGGAAUGAGAGCCGCUUAUACUACAGGCCACCCUUCGAGGGCAGGACGUGGGUUAACGCCACAGGGCUGGCCCAUGGCGACGCCACCCUGCACCUUGCCGGAGUCACGACGUCCGACCAAGGGAACUUCUCCUGCUGGGUGGGCCUGGGCCACGACUGUGUGUCUGUGGAGGUGCAGCUCUGGGUCAGCGACCAUCACCACCAGUCUAGGCUGGCGCUAGACUGCGGGCUUGCUGCCACCUGCUUCUCUGGCCUGGUGCUUUCCCUUGCCGCAGCAGUUACCUUGUGUGUGUGAGUGCAGGGACAGGGGCUAGACCCCAACUGGGAUGUGGCUGUGAAACGCUCGGAAGCUGCCGUGUGAUCGAAGGGGACAGCCACCUCCUCAAACACGCCAGCUUCUCACACAUCCCAGUGCGGCAGAUGGCAUGGGGCCCUCCAAGCCAGGCUGGCACAUGAAACAUACACCACUGGGACACUGAGCGCUUGUGUACACUGAAACGCUACCCUGGCACCGCUUUGCUUCUGUGAAGACACGACCUGCACCGACAGGAGGGGUUGUCCCAUCGCUGUAGAUCAGGGGUCGGCAACCUUUCAGAAGUGGGGUGCCGAGUCUUCAUUUAUUCACUCUGAUUUAAGGUUUCGCGUGCCAGGAAUACAUUUUACCGUUUUUAGAAGGUCUCUUUCUAUAAG